CCGGCCGGCCGGGUGCGGGCGGCGGCGGCCCCAGUCUCCGCGCGGCUGAGGCGCGCCCGGCCGCUCCCACGGCCUCCCCUCCGCCCUCCGGUCCCGCCGCCUCCGGGGCCGCCUGGGACCCCGGCCCUCGCCGGGCAGGACGCCGCCAGCGCUGCAGGCGCAGCCCGGAGGCCGCGCGGAUGCAGAUCUGUGGAUCCAGCGUGGCAUCUGUAGCAGCUGGGACAUCAUUCCAGGUUUUGGGCCCGGUGUGUUGGCAACAACUGGAUCUGAAGAUGGCAGUCAGGGUGCUUUGGGGUGGCCUCGGCCUGCUUCGAGUGCUGUGGUGUCUCCUUCCGCAGACGGGCUAUGUGCACCCAGAUGAGUUCUUCCAGUCACCUGAGGUGAUGGCAGAGGACAUCCUGGGCGUGCAGGCCACCCGGCCCUGGGAGUUUUACCCCAGCAGCCCCUGCCGCACAGUGGUCUUCCCCCUGCUGACGUCCGGCUCUACCUUCUGGCUGCUCAGGCUCUGGGGAGAGCUGGGGCCGUGGCCUGGCCUGGUGAGUAGCUAUGCACUGCUGGUGGGGCCGCGGCUCCUCCUUGCUGCCCUUUCCUUCGCUCUGGACGGGGUGGUGUACCACCUGGCCCCACUGUUGGGGGCGGAUCGCUGGAAUGCCCUGGCCCUGCUCUCUGGUUCCUAUGUCACCCUGGUCUUCUACACAAGGACCUUCUCCAACACCAUUGAGGGACUCCUCUUCGCGUGGCUGCUGGUGCUGGUAUCCCCCCAUGUAAUGUGGGGCCCUACACGCAAGGAGCCUGUGCCAGGUCCAUGGUGGCACAGCUGGCUUCUUGGAGGCAUUGUGACUGCUGGCUUCUUCAACCGGCCCACCUUUCUGGCCUUUGCUGUGGUCCCUCUCUACCUCUGGGGCACUCGUGGAGCCACAAACCCUGGCUUGAAGUCCCUGACCCUGGAGGCCCUGGUGCUGCUCCCUGGGGCGGCCCUCACAGCAGGGGUGUUUGUGGCCAUGGACAGCUGGUAUUUCUCCAGCCAUGCUACAUCCAGGACCCUUGUCCUUACACCUGUCAACUUCUUGCACUACAACCUGAAUCCCCAAAACCUGGCGAGGCAUGGCACGCAUGUGCGGCUCACUCACCUAGCAGUCAACGGCUUCCUGCUCUUUGGGGUGCUGCAUGCCCAGGCCCUGCAGGCCGCAUGGCAACAGCUGCAAGCUGGCCUCCAGGCCUCUUUACAAAUGGGCCUCCUGAGAGCACUGGGUGCCCGGAGCCUGCUGUCCAGCCCCAGGUCCUAUCUCCUUCUCCUCUACUUCAUGCCCCUGGCCCUGCUGUCUGCCUUUAGCCACCAGGAGGCUCGGUUCCUGAUUCCCCUCCUGGUCCCCCUAGUCCUGCUUUGUAGUCCACAGACCCAACCUGUGCCUUGGAAGGGCACCGUGGUGCUCUCCAAUGCCCUCGGUGCCUUCUUCUUUGGCUGCCUGCAUCAGGGGGGCCUGGUGCCUGGCCUGGAGUACCUGGAGCAGGUGGUCCAUGCCCCUGUGCUCCCAACUGCACCCACCCACUACACACUCCUCUUCACUCACACCUACAUGCCCCCCCGGCACCUCCUCCACCUCCCAGGCCUGGGGGCACCAGUGGAGGUGGUGGACAUGGGUGGGACUGAGGACUGGGUCCUGUGCCAAGCCCUGAAAAGCUUUACCAGACAACCAGCCUGCCAAGUGGCUGGUGGGCCACGGCUCUGCCGCCUCUUUGUGGUGACCCCUGGCACCACCAGGCCUGCGGUGGAGAAGUGCGGCUUCCCCUUCAAGAAUGAAACACGUGUUUUUCCCCAUCUAACCCUGGAGGACCCACCAGCCCUGUCCUCCUUGCUGAGUGGGGCUUGGAGGGACCACCUCAGUCUUCACAUCGUGGAGUUGGGGGAAGAAACCUGACAAUAUGACAGAGCACCCACUGCCCACGAUUCAGCCAUAGAAGUUGCUGCCCCACCUUCUACUUGGGUAGCUGGGCUGGGACGCCGGGACAGGACCCAGGUUCUCCUUCACGACUCCCACUGCUGCCUCUCCUGGGCACGGCUGUUAGCUGUUCUGCCUUCUGGGUGAGCUGGCACUCCUCUCCCUGAGACCAAAGAUCUGACCUGUCAGUCUUGAUGUCAAGGUCCCCAAAGAACCAGGUGUAAGUGAUGACACCUGUCAGUUCCUGCCCUACUGCUUCCAGCCACUGUGAUGUUUGAAAUAUAUAAUAGUACCUGGUUGGGAAAAAAGAAUGAACUGCUAGUGACAUUCCCCAGUGACCUCUCCCAAACUUCCCAUGAUGCCUUGCCCUUGCUGUCACGACAACCUCUGGCUUCCUGAGACCGAUCUGCCUAUCCAAAUAAUGUGGAAGUCAGUGUGAUGAAGUAUAGAGAACAGGUGGCCCAGAUCCAGGGGACCCAACUUCUAGCCCCUUGGUCUGUCACCCCCUCGCUGUGUGAUCUUGAGAAAGCCCCUUCCACUCACCCACCCCACUUCCCAGUCUGUUGGGAUCAGAGGAUGUCUGCCAGCUAACAUCGUGUCAUUCCUGGACUCCACAGUAUACGUCCCCUGCCUCGACAGGCACAGCUCUCACAAAGCUCUGUAAGCAUGGAAGUGGGAGUUGUGUUGUACUUCACGGCACUCUGAUGCCUGCUGUCUCAGUGCUUGGUUAUUGUGCAGACAAGUCAUGUUUGAAAUAUAUAAUAGCACCUGGAGAUUUUCUCCCU